CCUCCCCCGCGAGCUGCGCACCGCCGGCCGACUGACCCAGCCGCCCGCGCCCGCGCCCUUGUCCGUCGACCCCGCGGCGGGCUCCAAGCGGCCGGCAGCAUGAGCGGCGGCGGCGACGUGGUGUGCACGGGCUGGCUGAGGAAAUCGCCCCCCGAGAAGAAGUUGAGGCGCUAUGCCUGGAAGAAACGCUGGUUUAUCCUGAGGAGUGGCCGGAUGAGCGGGGACCCAGAUGUUCUGGAAUACUACAAGAAUGACCACUCCAAGAAGCCCUUGCGGAUCAUCAACCUGAACUUCUGCGAGCAGGUGGAUGCAGGCCUGACCUUCAACAAGAAGGAGCUGCAGGAUAGUUUUGUGUUCGACAUCAAGACCAGUGAGCGCACCUUCUACCUGGUGGCCGAGACAGAGGAGGACAUGAAUAAGUGGGUCCAGAGCAUCUGCCAGAUCUGCGGCUUCAACCAGGCUGAGGAGAGCACAGACUCCCUGAGGAACGUCGCCUCAGCCGGUCACGGCCCCCGCUCCUCUCCAGCGGAGCUCAGCGGCGCCGGUCAGCACCUUCUCCGAGAACGAAAAUCCUCAGCCCCGUCGCACUCCAGCCAGCCAACCUUGUUCACCUUUGAGCCCCCGGGAUCAAACCACAUGCAGCCGGCCUUGUCCACCAGCGCGCCUCAGGAGUAUCUCUACCUGCACCAGUGCAUAAGCCGGAGAGCAGAAAAUGCACGGAGCGCCAGCUUCUCUCAGGGCACCAGGGCCUCGUUUCUCAUGAGGAGCGACACGGCUGUGCAGAAACUGGCCCAGGGCAAUGGACACUGUGUCAAUGGAGUCAGUGGUCAAGUGCACGGCUUCUAUAGCCUCCCCAAGCCAAGCCGGCACAAUACAGAAUUCAGAGACAGCACCUACGACCUCCCCCGGAGCCUGGCCUCGCAUGGCCACACCAAGGGCAGCCUCACAGGCUCCGAGACAGACAACGAGGAGGUGUACACCUUCAAGAUGCCCAGUAACACCCUGUGCCGUGAGUUUGCGGACCUCUUGGUGGACAACAUGGACGUUCCGGCCACCCCGCUCUCGGCCUACCAGAUCCCUAGGACAUUCACGCUGGACAAGAACCACAAUGCCAUGGCAGUGGCCGCCCCUGGGGACUCGGCCGUAGCUCCCCCGCCCCGGCCCCCCAAGCCAAGUCAGGCCGAAACACCUCGGUGGGGCAGCCCUCAGCAGAGACCUCCACUGGGCGAAAGCAGCAGAUCCGUCUCUGCCGCUGCCACCAUCCCCAGGCGCAAUACCCUCCCAGCCAUGGACAACAGCCGACUUCACCGAGCUUCUUCCUGCGAGUCCUACGACUACCCCCAGCGCGGCAGAGACGGUGCAGGCCGGUCCGCCGAGUCCAUGAGCGAUGCAGUCGGUGCUUUCCUGCCAGGGAAAGCAGCUGUGGGCCGAUCGGAUAGCACCAAUUCUGAGGACAACUACGUGCCCAUGAACCCAGGCUCUUCCAGCCUGCUGUCCAUGGAGCGAGGAGGUGACCAUUCCCAGAGCGCCUACAUCCCCAUGAGCCCAGGGCCCCAUCACUUUGACCCUCUUGGCUACCCCUCUGCAGCCCUUCCUAUGCACCGAGGCUCCAGCAGAGGGAGCGACAUCCAGCCACCCCCAGUCAACCGCAACCUCAAACCUGACCGGAAAGCAAAGCCAACACCCCUUGACUUGAGAAACAACACCGUCAUCGAUGAGCUCCCCUUCAAGUCGCCCGUCACCAAGUCUUGGUCCAGGGCCGUCCACUCCUUCAACCCCAGCUCCUCCCAGUACUGCCGCCCCAUCUCCACACAGAGCAUCACCAGCACGGACUCAGGAGACAGCGAAGAGAACUACGUCCCUAUGCAAAACCCAGUGUCCGCAUCUCCCAUUCCCAGUGGCACCAACAGUCCGGCCCCUAAGAAGAGCACUGGCAGCGUGGACUAUCUGGCCCUGGACUUCCAGCCGAGCUCCCCGAGCCCUCACCGCAAGCCAUCCACGUCAUCUGUCACUUCCGAUGAGAAAGUGGACUACGUUCAGGUGGACAAGGAGAAGACCCAGGCCCUGCAGAACACCAUGCAGGAGUGGACGGACGUGCGGCAGUCCUCGGAGCCUUCCAAGGGGGCCAAGCUGUGACGUGGGGCCCGUGCCCGGGGACGGCCUGGGAGGCAGCAUCUCCAGAGCUGAGGCCUCCUGGUCCGUCUCCCCUCCUCCCCUCCACGAGCCCUCCGGCCCCCUCCUCUCCACGCCACUCUGGCCUUCAAAGCACUGACAGCAGGGACCCUGACCCCUUCCACCGGGAGGGGAGGGCCUGAUCGAGGCACCUGCUCUGCCACUCAGGGCCCACCUUUGACUUUGAUAGUAGUGGCCCUGCUGCUCCGCCCACCUCAGUUAGAGCUCUCGCCAAAAAAGCGUCCUUCAGCUUCUUCCUGCCCUUGACCAGAGCAUCUUCCAGAUGCUUGGAAGGAGGGCUGGGCUCUGAGCCAGAUCCCACACCUCACCUUCGGGCACGGCCCUCAGCCUUCGUCCCUCCAACCCCUGGGCUACCUCUCCUUCAGUCUCAGAAGAGGCCGCGUCAUCUCGCUGACCCAGAGAGCCAAGGACCAGCGGACCAAGUGGACCUGGACGUCUUCAUCCCGGUCUUUCUUGGCAGGAGGGAGGCAUGGCCACCAAAAGAUGGAGGAAGCAAGGUCAAGGUGGAAGGUCAGAGGUGGUCUCGAGGGACAGAGGCAUUGGGCCCCAGAUGCAGAAGGGCAGUGGGUCCGUGCAGGGGUCCCCCGCUUUCAGGCCGAGCGGCAGUGCCGCUGUCACGGUGGGAGAGGCAAAAGGAUGAAGACUGAGGAUGCUGAGCAACCAAGAACCAGGAGCAGGGCUCAGAGCCCCGGAGAUGGAGUGACAAGGACACUGGGGGCCGGGCCCCGGAACUGCGGUGCUCCAUGCCCGCCCUGCUGCUCUGGGACAGAGCACCGUCGGCCUCCCCAGGAUCCCACCCAGCGGGAGCGCUGCAAGGACCAGGCUUGGACUGUGCUGGGCGGGCAGCCCAGCGUGUGGGGUAAGAGGGGAGGCGGGAAGAGCUGUGGAAGGCGAUACGGAAGAGCUGGGGACAUGGGGCCACCUGGGACAGGAACAGUGCCCAGGACUGGAGUGGGGACAGUGCAGCAAGUGAGCUGCUGUAAGAUGGGCAGCAAGGCAGGUCACUGGUGGGCCAAGAGGCGGGGCGAGGGCCACAGGGAGACGCUGUAGCUCGGGUGGGGGGGGCAGUGCAGCGGGCAGGCGGGGAGCAGAAAGCAGGGCGUGAGGUUGUCAGGGGGGCCAUGUGCACGGGGGCAGGUGAGAGCAGUUGGCAGGCUGAUGGGCAUAGUAGGGCAGAGGAGAGCCAAGGGGUGGGGGGAAGGGAACUAGAGGACGGCCUGUGGGAGCCGCCAGCAACUCCUGCCGUCUGGCGAGGUUUAUGCCAGUCCCCAGGCACGUCUGACCGGGUGUCAGGAGAGAGUGUUUUCUCGGCUCGUGUGACGCGCUCGCUCUGGGGAAUCCAGGUGCCGUGUGGGACUCAAGCCUGGCUCCAAGGGACGAGGGCCCUCGGAUCAGCCUCCCCCUCCGCCAUCGUUGCCAGGGACAGGCGGCGGGGCAGCGCCCCCAGGCUCUUUCUCCAAAGUCUGGGGAGGGGGAAUCUUUUAUACUGAAGUCAUUGGCCAAAUUUUCAAGUUUCAGAGGCAACUAAGCAGACCAGAUGUUUCAUCUUACCCUGGAGCAAAGAGACCACCUUCCUCCAAAAAAGAUUUCCCACCCAAGUCAGGGAGGUGGCUGCGGCUCACCGUCCCGCUGCCGCACACAGGUACUCCCCCACUGCCCUCGCCAGCCCUCCACCCUGGGGGGGAUUCGCUCACCAGUAUCCCGUCUCCUCCUAGUAUUAGUUAAGAUCAGCUCAAGAAGCAUUCGUUCACGGCUGCUGUAGCCAGGUCUGGGCUAGGCCCUGAGCACACAGGAAUUCGUCAGGCGUUGGCGCUGUGUUUGAGGAGGUCAUGAUCUAUGAGCAGAAGGAUGACGACACCCUGGGAAUGGCUGUGAGAGAGACUUAAAAUGUGGCUACUGUGCUGAGAAAUCGAGGCUGCUUCUCCAGGUCGCUGCUGGAGGGAGGAGUCGGGAGCAGGUGGAGGUCCGGGAAGAGGGUUUCCAGGAAAAGAGGGCACCUGACACGGGUCUUAGAGGAAGAUGGGUCAGCUGUUUCGAGGGAAGGGGGCAAGGCUGGGCUCCAGUGGAGAAGCAGUGAGGCCUUGCCUCCGUGUUCCCUCAGUGCAGUGGGAAUGGGGGCAGUGCGUUUGCCGUUUCCCUUUAAGGCCCUCUGCAAAGGGUCUCAGACAUCAGAGCUUUUAAUGGUGCCACCCCUGCGUCCCCAGCAGGCAACAGGUGGGCCCAGGAGUGGAUACCCUCUGUGCCCAGCGCUGUCUCCUAUUGACUGUCAGAGGGCCUCUUCAUGUCAGCAUUUUCUGAAUGUGCCGUAAUGUCAGUGAAACUGGUGGGAGUCUUGAGAGACUGAGGCACUCACCUCUAACCUGCGAGGACGCCUCCCUCCAGUUGUUGGUUCCCGUGACACCUGAACCCUUAGAGGCAGUGAGGCAGGGGUGGAGAAUGAAGGUGGGAGAAGGGGAAAUGGGCCCGUUGAAAUCAGAGACGGGCUCACAAGCCCCAAAUACCAGAGUCUAGUAUGCACCUGUCAGCUCAGUGUCAAGAGCCUGGCACGUGGGCCGAUCCGGGGGUCCAAGUCCGCCUCUCCUGGGGGCCUGGCCAGGACUGAGACCCCAGGAUGCUUGUCAGCCACCACAGCUCACACAGGUCUUAGCCUGCCUGGGGCUCCCCGGCGAAGGAGUGGAACUCAGCCGCUCCCAGCUCCGCCUCGCCAGGCUGAAGGAGCGAGAGUGCUCUGGGGAGCGGUGGCUCUGCUCCCCUCGCUGAGGUUAGACGUGCUGCCGCUCUUCCCACUCUUCGGCGGCUGCGCUCUGCUCGGGGGUCCAGAUCACCAGGGACGGGCAGCACCCAGCAUGCUGGCCGGUGACCUCAGUCCCCUCCCUAGAUGGAUUCUGGCACUGUCCACGUUCAAAAUCAGGCACGUGUGCCCCCACUCUUGGACAGAAGCACACCCCUUCUCAAGUGAUUUCCCACAGCGCGAAGGCCUCAGCCCAAGCCGUGUGUGGCCACCCCCCUGCCCCACCAACAGAGCCACGGCCGCACCACGGGGGCGGGAGGAAGAGGGCCCGGCCCUCUGCGCCACCAGGGGAAGGAGGCUGAGCGCGGGAGCUGUCGAGCCCCUUCUUUCUGGAACACGCCGAGCGCUUUGGGGCCAGGCGGACUGCCGGCGGAGGGCACUGGGGGUGGAGGCUCCCCUGUGAUGGUGACGUGUGUUCUUAUGUGUUUGUUGGUUACCUGUGUCUUGAAAUUAGGAAUCAUUUCGCACAGAAUCGUCGCUUUGUCGGGAAGAGAAAAUGGGCUAGAAGCAGCCCCGUCUUCGGUUUCGGGCUCUGUUACACUUAAAAUUGAUGUUUAAUUUUUCAAAUCACUGUUGGUGCCUAAUCACUUAAGUUAUUAAUUUAUUCUGUUUUCUUUUAAAAACAAAUCGAUAACCUGUAUUUAUCCUGCGAGGAGGUCUGGGGGGGCUGGGAACGUGUUCACGCAGGUCCUGUGUUGGCUGUGGUGACACAUGGUACAGGCCUGGAGCUUGCAGGUCCCUUUUUACUGUGGUCUUGGAGCUGGACAACAAUAAAGUCCAUUAGAAGCAA